GCGUGCGCGUGAGUGUGUGUGAGAGAGAGAGAGAUGCCUUUGUAAAUCAAGUGCUUCUUUUAAGGUGGGAAGUAAAACUGUGAUGUGACGUACACAUUUUUACAAUUUGGCAGCACAUGUCUUUGAAACACGCCGAAGAAGAUCUCGAUGGUUUGUCUGUAAUUUGAGGUGUAAUGUGUUCUUGGUAGAAAGAUAACGGUUAUGGGACAUGGCAACGCCUGCUGAAGUGGCCCAGCAUUGAUAUCCGUGUCUUCUGUCGACAAAAAUACGUAAACAUGGGGAACUGCGGCUCUUUUGAUCCUGAUGAUGAAUUCUCCUACCAUCCAGAUGAAUGGUGUGACCAGUGUAACUGCCCCAAGCCUCCAGUCAGUCAGAAUUUUGAUCCUCUGAUUCCAUAUCCAUCUCAGUAUACACCUCCACCAUCAUCUCCUCUUCCAGAGAACCUGGUGGUGGCCAUAUACAAAUAUGAUCCAGCCCACAGUGACGACCUGGGGUUUGAGAAAGGGGAGAAGAUGAAAAUCCUAGACUGUGAUGAUCCUGAAUGGUACAUGGCGGAGUCUCUGUUCACCGGCCAGAGGGGUUACAUACCAAAGAACUUUGUAGCAAAACUGAACAGCAUGGAGACAGAACCGUGGUUCUAUAAAAAUCUCUCCAGGAAUGACGCCAUGAGGCAGUUACUGGCUCCUGGCAACACACAGGGCUCGUUUCUCAUCAGAGAGAGCGAGACGCAGCCAGGUAGUUUCUCCAUCUCUGUGAGAGACCUGGACCCAAUGCAGGGGGACAUCAUCAAGCACUACAGGAUCCGCAACAUGGACGCAGGUGGAUUCUACAUCACCAACAAGAUCUCCUUCAACUCCCUAUCAGAGCUUGUCAAACAUUAUUCACGAGAAGCUGAUGGACUGUGCACUCGGCUGGUGAAACCGUGUCAGACCAGAGCGCCCCAAAAACCCUGGUGGCAGGAUGAGUGGGAAGUGCCUCGCGAGUCUCUCAAACUAGAGCGCAGACUGGGGCAGGGGCAGUUUGGAGAAGUAUGGAUGGGGCUAUAUAACAACAACCGUCAAGUGGCUAUCAAGAGUCUGAAGCCUGGUACCAUGUCCAUCAGCGCUUUCCUAGCUGAGGCAAACCUUAUGAAGUCCCUACAGCACCCUCGACUGGUGCGACUGUUCGCUGUGGUCACGCAGGAGCCCAUUUACAUCAUCACCGAGUACAUGGAGAACGGCAGCUUGGUGGAUUUUUUGAAAACUCCCGAAGGAAGUGAUAUACCCAUCAAUACGCUCAUCGACAUGGCUGCUCAGGUUGCAGAAGGAAUGGCUUACGUAGAGCAGAAGAACUACAUCCACAGAGACCUGAGAGCUGCCAAUAUUUUGGUGUCUCAUGAACUCACAUGCAAGAUUGCUGACUUCGGCCUGGCCCGUCUCAUUGAAAACAAUGAAUACACCGCCAGAGAAGGUGCGAAGUUUCCUAUCAAAUGGACGGCACCAGAGGCCAUAAACUACGGCACAUUCUCAAUCAAAUCAGACGUCUGGUCAUUUGGUGUACUGCUGACAGAGAUCGUUACUUAUGGAAGGAUCCCAUAUCCAGGAAUGACAAACCCAGAGGUGAUCGCAAACCUCGAGAGGGGCUACCGCAUGCCUUGCCCCGAUAACUGUCCUGAGGCUCUCUAUAACGUUAUGAAACACUGCUGGACGGAGAACCCAGACAACCGGCCCACCUUCGAGUUCCUGCGCAGCGUUCUAGAGGACUUUUUCACUGCUACAGAGGGACAGUACCAGGAGCAGCCCUGCUGAACAGAGUAAACUGAAAAUCCAUGGGCUCACAUUAAAGACUUUUGUUGCAUUGAGAAAUAUUUGAAAAUAUUUUUAGUCAAAGCAAAAAAACUGAGAUUAUAAGCCUUAUCCAAUUUUAUCUUGAUGUUUAAAACUGAUUUUGUCCUAUCUUAUUUUGUGUGCAUGUAUAUUUUUAGCAGAUAAAAAAGGUUUUUACAAUUUUUUAAAUAACAAGCCAAACGGGAAAAGUUCAGCUUCACAUAAUCUGGUCUGGUUGAAUGCUCUGCCUUUUUACAUUGAGUUUUUAUCAUUUCUGCUGUAAGAGCUGUCUUUUUAUUUUUACAGAAGUAAACUGCAUCAUUUUUUUUAAUAGUAAAACUAUCGAAGAGAUAAA